AUGGACAAACGGGACAUUUUAAAUAUUUUCAAAGUCGCAUAUUUUAGAUCGAACUGCUCCUUUAAGGAAAAAGUAUCCUUGGUUUUAUUCUGGGCUCAACAGCGGAAGUCGAGGCCACAUAGACAAAAAGAAUCCAGUUGGAUCUUCAUAGACUCCAACGAAUUUGGAUCAUGGCUCACGUUGGACUAUAUGAUGAAUUUAAAAAUAAGUACAAUUGUAUUAUGGAACACAUUUUUGACUAAUGAAGACCUGAAUGUGAUUUUCAAGAGCUGGAUGGAAAUGAAGUCCUAUCAAAAUCUGGAAUACUUGGAAAUGAAUCUCAGGAAUCUAGAAGAUUGCGUUGAAGUUGCUAUGAAAGAUAUUCCAUACGAAAUAAGACACUCAAUACCUACACCUGACCCGGCCUAUACUCUAGUGGGAGGAAUCUUUGAUGUGACACGGAAAGACGGUCAACCAGCGCUCAUUGGAGUCUAUGAAGAUCCAACUGGAUUCUUUUUGUCUAUGUGGCCUCGACUUCCGCUGUUGAGCCCAGAAUAA